AUGGCCGCAUGCGAAGUUGAUUCGAGUCCGAAGGCACUGGUUUAUCGUGGACCCGCUGCCUGCAGCGGCUGUGCAGAAUCAGUUGCUGAUCUCCUCAAGUCUUCUGGGUCAAAAUUCGUGGUUGAUUUCGCUGGACCUAAUGAGAAAAUCGAUAUCACUACGGAAUCUUUGCAAGGAAUAGAUCUCUUUGCUCAGCCAGGAGGCGGUGACCUCGCCCCCGCAUGGGAAGCAACCAAAAAGUACAAGGAUGUCAUCCGUAACUAUGUCGCCGAAGGUGGAAGAUACGCCGGAUUUUGCGUCGGCGCAUAUUUGGCUGGUCCCGACCAAGGAUUUGAUCUCCUCCCUUCAGGAUCCUCUGUAGCUAGGGAGGUAGAUCAACCUGGCAGCCAGGUUCCAGACGAAAGAGAUACCGUUAUCCAAGUUGAUUGGACUUUCCAGACUGGUUCGGAAAAGGGCCAAAAACAAGACGGUCGCUGGGUAUAUUUCCAAGACGGAGCUGUUGUAAAAUUGGCGGCAGAUGCGCCUGGGGUUGUCCUUGGAACCUACUCGAGUAAUGGAAAUGUUGCCAGUAGUGUAACGCCUUUUGAGAAGGGAUGGGUUGGACUUGUUGGUCCUCAUCCUGAGGCUGAUCAGUCUUGGUAUGAUCUGGUCAAUGUGACAAACCCAGACGGAAUCAAAUUCGAUAUAGGGCAUGAUUUCGUAGACAGCAUCAUGGCUCAGCCAGCAAACAAGUGA